AUGGGCUUCUCUUUAUCGAGCUGGCGUCCUCAGCCAGAGGCUAAACCAGUUGUUAUCGAUGCGGAUCAUAACUAUACGUCUGAUAGCUCUGAUCCCGCUCUUCUUCGCGAUGGAAACCUUGCUUUUACGCGUGUGCAGGGCGGAAAUGAUGCGAAGCCCUCGUAUCAGGAGGCCAUCGGCGCGCCCGUCGAGACUAAUUCUCCGUUAGGCUAUCAUGUUGGAUGGUUAACUAUCAUCUUCCUAAAUGUCAAUCAGAUGAUUGGUACUGGUAUCUUCUCAACACCUGGCAGCAUUCUCAACUCCACAGGAUCAAUAGGUCUCGCUCUGAUCUACUGGUUCAUCGGCUUCAUCAUGGCUAUUGCCGGAUUCUGCGUGUAUCUUGAGUUUGCUAGUUAUUUCCCAAGUCGAUCUGGAGCCGAAGUCGUAUACCUCGAACAAGCUUACCCCCGACCGAAGCAUUUCUUUCCGAUUGCUUAUGCAGUGCAAUCAGUUGUCUUGUCUUUCAGCAGCAGCAACGCGAUUGUACUGUCUCGAUAUCUCUGGAGAAUCGCUGGAAAGACUCCUAGUGAUUGGGAGAUGAAGGGCGUGGCCAUCGCUGCGUACACUCUUGCUGUGAUCUGUGUUAUCGCUCACAAUAAAUACUCCCUUUGGGCUGUCAACGUCUUGGGCUUCUUCAAGAUCAUCACUCUCAUUUUCAUUUCAAUCACUGGUUUCGUGGUCCUCGGUGGCAACGUUUCUCGAAUCCCAGAUCCAAACGCUAACUUCCGCAACGCCUUCGAGGGCACAACCGACAACGGAAACGACCUUUCAACAGCCUUGGUCAAUAUCGUCUUCUCAUACACUGGCUACGCCAACGCCUUCAACGUAGUCAACGAAGUCAAGAGACCGAUCCCUACAAUCAAGAAGUACGGCUUUAUUUCUGUCCUUCUCGUUGCGGUUCUAUACAUGCUAUGCAACGUCGCGUAUUUCUCUGCUGUCCCUAAGAAAGAGUUUGCAGAGUCCAACGAGAUCGCUGCAGCGGUCUUCUUCACCACUGUGUUUGGUACCAGUGGUGCUGUGACAGCUCUGAACGUUCUUGUGCUGCUCAGUGCGUACGGUAACCUUCUUGCUACACUGAUUGGCGCUUCACGAAUGAUCCGUGAGAUCGGACGCCAAGGAGUCUUGCCCUUCACUACCUUCUGGGUAUCAACAAAGCCCUUCGGAACACCCAUCGGACCCUAUCUACUGAAAUGGGCUAUGACGUUCAUCAUGAUCGUAGCCCCUCCUGCUGGUGAUGCAUUCCAGUUUGGUAAUCUUCCCAUAUCACAACCUUCUUUUGUUAACUUUGCUGACCGUAAGCCAGUCGUGAGUCUCAAGACCUACCCCGAAGGCCUUUUCUUUUUAGCCAUGAGUAUUGGCCUCUACAUCGUCCGACGUCACAACAAGCGCGUCGGAAGAGGACCACCAGAGUUCAAGGCCUGGGAUGUCUUUGCCAUAUUUUUCAUUCUCAUUCAGAUCUUCAUCAUCGUCAUGCCAUGGUACCCUCCCAAGGGCGGCCCCUACGCUGGCGACGUAAGUUUCUGGUAUGCAACUUACUGCGUAGUCGGCAUUGCAAUCAUGAUUCUUUGUGGUGUCUACUAUGUCUUCUGGAUUUACAUCAUUCCCAAAUGGAAGGGUUAUGUAAUUCGGCCGGAAGUUCUGGAAGUUGACACAAAUGGCGCCAACACGCAUCGCUUGGUCAGAGUUCCUCUUGUUGAGAUUGAGAAAUGGGAUGCAGAGCAUGAUGAGGCUGGGAAUCUGAGGCAGCGACGGGUUGGUGAUAGUUCGGUGCAUACAGACAAUGUACUUACUCACAAAGAGACUUGAUAUGCCAGGCUAGCUGGGCUUGCAUGAGAAAUAAUGGCUGCUUUGUAUGAUCGCAAUACAACUUGGGUUCAAAUGCGAGUAUUGAUCAUACCAUGACGGUUUAGCAUUGAUCCAUGGAGGAAAAGCUGAGAAGGAUUAUGUAUUUUACCCUGUACUCCAAAUUGAAUGACGAUUCAAAUCAUUUAUACCAAUUGCAUGCUGAUAAGAGUUGAAGAAGGUCGGUAUCUCUUGAAAUUAGAAGUAUCAUGACUGUCAUAAGAGGUUUAGAUGGCAUUAAAAGCGUUCGGUUAAUUGUAAUACGCAGACCUAAAAUGUAAAGUUCAUAAAUGCGUUGUAGAUUAUUGCAAAAUUAUUUGAAUGACAGCAACAUAUUGACUAUUUCUAGCCCUUUAAUAAACUUCUUAGAGC